UUGAAAAGAAUCCACUCGUGGGGAUUUAAGGACUUUUUCUUUUGUACACAAAAUAAUUCAAGUCACAUACAGACAGAAUGUUAAAGUGCAUCUGACAACAUACUCCACAAAAAGUUGUCUAAGUCAUCAGAGUAAAAAACAAAAAAGGCUGUUGUGUCAAAUACAAAUAUCCUGUCACUUCAGUCUGAUUUACUGCACAUAGUGACAAAUACAGCAUCUCAGAGACGUCCCAGAGCACCAUCCAUGCAUAAAUAUCAACUUUUCAUUGUUCCAGCCUCUCAUACAGCAUGAGGUUGUUUUUUAAAAAACAAAGUUUUAUGAUUUUGCUCACAUUUGAGGAGCUUUUGUUUGCUUCCAGAUUUACUGCCCGUGUGAAAAGUGAAAAAUGCAUUCCCUAGGCUGAAAUGUAGUAUUGAACCCAUUGGUAUGUUUCUUUAAAUUUAAAUUCAAUGAUAGGAAUAAAGAACAUGAGCAGUACUAGUGCCCAGUCAUGGAAGGGAUUAAUAAGAAAAACGAAAAGGUAAAGAUUAUGACCAAACAAUAGCGAUAAAUAAAAUCCAGGCAUACGAGGCAGGUUGGAGCAACUUUAAAAAGAUCUUUAAUUCAAUGGGAAGCAAGCAUAAAACAAUACUGACUUACAAGCUGAUGUGCAUGAUUUAAUGAGUUUAUUGGAGUCUCUGUUGUAGUCGUUCAUUGUAAUUUUUCUCUUAAAUAAUGUUUUUGAAGAUCAGAACACCAUAAACUCCCAACUCUGGAAACUACUAGGAUUUUUAAUGAGGCUUAAAGUAUUCAUGUUCCCUCACUCAAAUUCAUCAUUAAAUUCAAAACAAAUACUAAUGGCUACUGGCUUCAACACAAUCCUGUGGGACUCCUGCUUGUGUGUUUACUCGCAUUAAUUAAGAGAAAAAUUGGAUGGUAAGUUAUGUAGCAUAAAUACUUUGCAAAUCUGUAAAUAAUGAUAGUUUUAAAUUUCAUAAUAAUGCAACAACGAAACAGUCUGUUAUCUGGCUAGUCUCUCAGAGCCAGACUUGAAGUCUCUAUGUUUAUAGUCUUAGGACUAAGAUAAGCCAUCAAGCUGCCGGCUGAAUGCAUCAGUAAUCAGAACAUCUAACCAAGGGUGCAAAUGAAGGUAUUUUCCAAAAUGUCAGACCUUUCUGUCAAAAUAAUGUAUAUAAAAAUCAGUUCGUUUUGCGCGUGUUGCACAUGAGUGCAACAUGCAUAUGUGUAUAAGCUUAAAUCUCCUGUUUUUGUGUGUGUGUGUCUAUGUGUGUGUGUGUGUGUGUCUUAAGUAAACUUGGAGUUGUGAUAGAGAGGGCCUCCUCCUCCUCCGAGUAGCAUGGAGCGCUCACAUUUCCCAUGAGCCUUUGAGGGAGGAGUGUUGGAUGCUAACUUGGCUCUCGACGCAGCUCACUUCUGGCUUCAAUUUAUUCCUGGAGGCACACACACACACACACACACACACACACAUACUCACAUGUGUGUACUUCUAACUCUUGAGGGUCUUAAUGCAGUCCAGGCCACCUACCCUAACCUCAACCUCAACCAUAUUAUAACUUCAGAGGGUGGGACAAGUAUUUAGGACUUUUGCUUUAGUAAGUCAAUCAUGUAAAUGUCCUGUUACCAGUUAAAUCACGCAUGUGAAGCUUUACAUAAUUAAAUACCAAAAAAUAAAAGCACUUACCAUGCAUGAUUAGUUAUUUGCAUUAUGGCUAUAAAUGCAUUCAUGUAUUUAUGUAUUGCAGCUAUAACAGAUGCUGCCUGUAACUACUGCUGGGUAACAUUAUGACAUGAUAAUACAUCAUCAUUUACAUGUUGAUGUAUUUUUACUUUUACGAUUAAACAACAUGAUAUUUACCUCUCAAAUAUUUGGGAGUGUGUUUAAUACGGUCUUAUAUUUGUUGUGUUUUAUCUGCGUAUUCUACUUUUAUUGUAGGUUACUGAUAUUUUAAAUGGCCUUUUUAAGUAUCCAUGCUGUCACAGCUGCAUAAGUAUAAAUUAAUGAUGGUGUAAGUAAAUGGUAGUAGUACUCGACCUAAAAGCAAACUAUACUCUUGCCUACGUAAGUAUAGUGGUCCUACUGUACUUGAGCAACAUUGUUUUUUUUUCUUUUUACAUUACAAUGAUAGUAUUAUUAAUAUGAUAUUAAAGUUAACAUCAUGUAAUAGGUUUAGUUUUUGUAUGAUGUUAGACUUUGUAUCUGAUAAACUAAAUUAACUGCAGGCAGCCUUUGAAGGCGGGUCCCUAAAUUGGGACUAGUUGAAAGUUCCUUACUUUCUACAAAUGUCCACAUACCCAAUCUCUAAAACUCAUACUGGCCCUUACAAAGAUAAACAUUUGAGUACACGCAGAGCCUGUGAUGCUGAUUCAAGCUUUUUACAUCCCAACUCUUUCUUCCUUUGUCUUCAGCCCAGUUUGGAAGAAACAUCUGGAACUGCUUCGGCUUUGUGUGUGUGUGUAUUUGUAUGUGUAUUUGUGUGUUACACAGUUAAUGAACUGCUGUGUGUUUAUGUGUACUACUCUGUAUGUGUGUGUAGACCAUAUCUAAUUAUAAUGCAUUGUGGUUGGGUUUGUGUGUGUAAUUGAGUACAUGUUUACGUAGAUAUCCAUGCAACACUGGGAUUUCUGUUUGUGUAUGCCUGUCGUUGAGAGGACACAUUUUAGCUUUCCAUUUUAUGCCACUUUAUGUUGUUACUACACAUUUGAAUUAUAAAUAUCAUACCCUGUAGUCCACUCUACUUUUUACUUAAUAAUUUUGUACUACUUUUGUUUCUUUAGUUACUUUGUAGAUGGUAUAAAGACAGACCCUCAAUAUGCAUGAAUUAUACUGCGCUGCAGAAUGGCUACUUUGCAUUUACAUGACUUUUACCUUCAGCAGAACGUGUUUACCCAGCAGCAGCAUUAACUCUGACUAUUCUGGGAAUGCAUGAUAUCAUAAGUACAGCAUGUUUAUUGCUUGGGCCAUUAUAUCUGUGUCAUCUGGGUGGGAUGACAAUGUGGCAGAGCAACACACGCAUAUACAAGCUCAAGCAUAGUGUAAAGAUAUUCACUUACUCUACAGACAAAUACACAACAACCACAUAGUACAAAUACCAAAGUCUAAAACCGCACACACAAAGAAAUAAAGUCUGCUUAUUUCUUUGAGAGACUGCUUGCUAACAGUUUUCAGCUCCAAAGGGACACACCCAUAUCCUGCUCUAAGUCACAUUCACUUUAUGUAAUUCUGUACGUGGCAGAGCUGAUGCAGUAGGAUGUUUUGAACUUUACUAUGUUGGAACCUCCAGCUAAAACUGAGAACGCAGCUGCCUGUUGCCCUCAACACUUUCAGCUGUCAUUAUAUUAUCACAUAUCACAAGCCUCAAAGCUAAUCUCCUCUGUGACCUAAGCAAUGUCAUGAUAUAUGUACACAAUGUUAUUAAUGAAGUAGGAUUUUUGGGUUACCAAUCAGGCAGGGGUUGACACAGAAGUCACAGAUGUUUUUUAUGUUUCAUGUAAAACCUUUUUUACCCUGCACCACACUGAUCCAUUUCCAUAAAAAUCACAACACUGUAGAAAAGGGAAUUAAAAGCACAAUGCAAUGAUCUCUUAGUCAUUUGAUGCAGAUUGUUAACUGAACAACAUGUUAAAUGCAGAAAUGUUGAUUUGAUUUGAUUCGAAAACAGAUGGUACAUCCCAGAAAUAAUUGGAAUUGUUGCCAACAGGUGAGUAACAUUGGCAUCAAAGAGUGUUUCAGAAGAAAGCAUGGGAGGAGGUUAAGCAAUGUGUGAGGAACUGUGCAGCCAAAUAGUACUGAAAGGCUGUUAUCUCUGGACGCUUCAGCACGUCAUUAAAAUCAGACAGGCUCAGGAACACGUGUGAAAACAAAACGUGUAUGCAGAAAUGUCUUCCAGUUGAUGUCCAGUCUUUAAGCCACCUGAGCUUCAAUUUAUGCAGGUGGUGUGAGGUAUCCACGCCGGUGUGCGAAGGCAACAUAUGCUCCAGCAACUGCAACUUGACCUCUUUCUGUAACACCACUGAAGAGAUCUGCAUAGCCAUAUGGAGGAAGGCAAACAACACAAUGACAGUGUACACAAUGUGUCACCACCCAAAUCUGCCACUGGAUGGUAUCAGUCCUGACCUGCUGCGGACCUUUACUUCCAGGGAGUGUCGUAUGGUCCCACAGGCUGCAAAUGACUCCAUGAUGGUCUGUGGAUGCCAGGGUGAACAUGAAUGUAACGACAAACUUGUCUUCGACAAGGGAGCAAAUGGAUUCUUACCGCUCCAAAGUAAGGAUGUGAUCCCUGUGGUAGUGGUUAGUUUGGUGCCCCCUAUUCUGGUGGCCAUAGUUGCCAUUGCUGCCUUCUAUUUCUACCGCAUACGUCGUCCUGACAAACCAGCUCCAUCAGUAUGCCCUGACUGGCCCACUAAACGCACCCCCGAGCUUUACCAGGCCUUGGAUCUACCAUGUGGGGGCCUGGGUCCUCAGGGAGAAGGUGCAGGAGGAGGUGUGACCGAUGCUGAACAGGAUGAGUCCAACACCAAGGUGCAACCUCUUAACAGUGACACUGUUAGCAGUAUGACCAAUUGGCAGGGCCAGCCAGCUGAAGUGCUGCCUAUCAAACUGGAUGUGCUGGUGGGGAAGGGGCGCUUUGCCGAAGUGUGGAGGGGAUGGCUGCUCCAGGGCGAGAAAGGUGGAGUUAAUAGCUAUGAAACUGUGGCAGUAAAGGUGUUUCCAGAUGUGGAGUACGCCUCAUGGAGAAAUGAAUGCUCCAUCUUUGCUGACCCCGAGCUACAGCACGACAACGUGAUUCAGUUCCUAGCAGCUGAGGAAAGGGGCCUGUCGGGCCACACCCCACACACCUACUGGCUGGUUUUAGCCUAUCACAGCUUAGGAAAUCUGCAGGACUUCCUCACAGCUAACAUAUUGGGCUGGGAAGAACUCGUUGCCAUGGCAGGCAGCAUUGCUAAAGGAUUAGCUCACCUUCAUAGUGACACAACACCCAGUGGGCUACCAAAGGUGCCAGUGGCCCAUCGGGAUCUCAAGAGCAGUAACAUUCUGGUAAAGAGCAGGAAGGAGUGCGCAUUGUGUGACUUUGGUCUGGCUUUAAGACUGGACCUGUCCCUUACAGUCGAUGACUAUGCCAACAGUGGACAGGUGGGGACAGCUCGCUACAUGGCUCCUGAGGUCCUUGAGUCCAGGGUGAACCUGGAGGAUCUCGAGGCCUUUAAACAGAUGGAUGUUUAUUCCAUGGCUCUAGUCUUGUGGGAGAUGGCCUCUCGAUGCAAUGCAAUUGGAGAGGUGAAGAGCUAUGAGCCAGCAUUUGGCUCCAAGGUUUGUGAGCAGCCCUGUGUGGACAGCAUGAGAGAUCUGGUGUUGAGAGACCGAGGACGUCCGGACAUCCCACUAGCAUGGACGCAGCACCAGGGGAUGAACAUCUUCUGUUCCACCAUCACUGAGUGCUGGGAUCACGACCCCGAGGCCAGGCUCACGGCUCACUGCGUGGUGGAGCGCUUCAGCGCCCUGGAGCAGGCGGAAGAUGACGAGAGGGUGGGAGACGAAGAGGAAGACGAGGAAGAAGGAAGUCAGGAGUAAGAAGACGAGGUGAAACUCUGGCAAGAGAAUGAAGCAGAGAGAAAAAUGGACUUGGAGAUGCCUCAUGCUCCGUCUCCUGGAGGAGAGGAGAUCUCUUUUCUUCCAAAUUGAAAGGGAGGACAUGCCUGAUGAUUCACUGCUUCACACUGGUUUUCCCCCUAACGAGUCUUCAUGGUUCGCUGUGUUUGCAUUGUCUGAGAAACCCGUGGUUUUUUCUGCUAAUCUUCAAUGAGACACUUACUGAAAGAGAAGGAAUUGAUAAGUCACUAAAACUGGCAAGAACCUAAACUACAGUUACAGUUAAAGAAUUUUUGACUGAUAGUUAGAAUGAUCUAAUUUGCCACAGUAAGGAUAUUUAAAAAGUCAAUAUUAGCAAGAGUGGACCACUUCAUAGACAUUGCCCCAGUUUGUCCAGUCUCAACAGAUGGGAAUGGACCACACUGGUGCAGAGUGGAACAUCUCAACAUGGAGAGUGAUUUUACACAAACUUUUAAACUCACAGUCGUAUAGUCUGGAGAAUCUUUAGGUAGUGUUUCCUUUCUUAAAUGAAAUGUGAAAAAAGGGGUUUUUCCCACAAGAAUAUAUAAAUAAAUAGAACAAAAUAGUCCAACAUAUAGUAUGACAAACCUUUAUAUGAACCAAAGAAUAAUUCAUUGUUGUGCAAUUUGGCUUGAACUUGUGAAAAACAAAAAGUCUAUACCAGCAACCCCCUGACUGUACUGUUGCCAUUUUAUAUCGACUUCUAGAGGGACAAUCAUAAAGAAAAGAAUGGCCCCAAAUUUCAUGUUUUUUUAGACUGUACAUUUUCUGAGAUAUUUCAAGCACACCUACUCUUGGUGCCAUUUUUACCCCUUUGCUUUUUCAUGUAGUGAUCUGGCAGUGCGAACGCAGCCGUUGUCACCCAACAGAGAGACUGUGUUUAUUACGAAUCUGUGUGUUUUCUCUUUGUUGCUUCCUGGAUUUUUCCAGCAGAAGACCAGAGGAGACAGAAAUGAACCUAAGACUGACUGUGCCUUAAAUGACAGACCUACUUCUUCGCAAACUUUUGCUGAGGAUGUGACACCCGAAUCCGUCAUAGAUCUGCUGGCAGAGAUGCAGACGCUGAACAGUUUGAAAAAGAUUCGAUUUGUUGGAGCUGGUCUCCAUUUUGUCACAGUAUUAUUCUUUUAUAUUGGCUGUGACAUGUGACUUAUGAUUGCUAUACUAUAACUUACUACUGUAGGUUAUAUGACUAUAACCUACAUUUACGAAUAAACAGGAGAGAAAGAUCUUUUUACUGGUUUUAUGUUUGUUUGAUAAAAAUUUUUAAAAAAUAAAUUUGACUUUUGUCAUCUACACAGUGAA